AUGAGUGCUAAGAGGAUCCCACUUCUCGAAGUGAGCAAGCACAAUCAAGAUGACGAUUGUUGGAUCGCUCUGAACGGCGUGGUCUGGGAUAUGAGUGGUUUCGCUGCCAGACACCCCGGGGGUCGUGAAGCCAUCGAAGAAUUCUUCGGCCAAGACGGCAGUGAGGUUUACAAUGGCAUUCACAGUCCGACACUGGCGGAGAAGUUUCUGGGUCCAAGCAAGAAGAUUGGUCUGCUCGAGGCUGGUGCUCCGAAGACGGACGAUGAGACGGGCGAAGUACCUGUCGUCAAGCCCGACCUGGAGACGAUCAUCAGCAUCCACGAAUUCGAGAAAGUUGCAGAAAAAGCCUUCCGGCCGAAGUCGUGGGCGUAUAUUUCGGGGUCAACUGAAAACGGGCUGACGAAAGCUGCGAAUCAAGACUGGUAUCAGCGCAUUUGGUUCCGGCCACGCGUACUGACAGGCGUAGGAGAGGUCGACAUCAGCACGAGUAUGUUUGGCCGGAAAUGGGCAUCCCCGAUUCUCAACUGUCCGUUCUCAUCGGCGAUGCUUGCGCACCAAGACGGUGAACUUGCAAUGGCCAAAGCGAUCGGGGCCGGUGGAAGUCCAAUGAUCAUCCCUACAAUGGCAUCGUAUUCGGUUCAGGAGAUUGUCCAGGAACUUCCCCCGAAACAUCCAUUCUUCUUUCAACUAUAUGUGCACAGUGACAGGGAGGAAAUGAUGAAAUUGCUCGACGAAGUAUGCAAGUUGAAGCCUCAAGGUAUUCUAGUGACGGCAGAUCUUCCCGUCAUGUCGAAGCGAGAAAGUUACACGAAAUUCAUUGCCCUCGAGAAUCAAAAGAAACAAAAGAAGCCCGUUGAUGUGGAAGCGUCACAGCGACCAUCACAAGCAACCAUAACACCAGACCUCAAAUGGGAAGACAUAGAGUUUGUCAAGAAAUAUACAGGACUGCCGACAUUCGUCAAGGGCAUCCAGUGCGCGUCAGAUGCGAAAAAGUCGCUAGAGAUUGGUUGUGCAGGUCUAUACAUUUCGAAUCAUGGCGGAAGGGCUUUGGAUACAGCGGCUCCGUCGAUUCUGGUGUUACUGGAGAUUCAGGCAACUUGCCCAGAGAUCCUGGACCAGCUGGAGGUGUUUAUCGACGGUGGCAUUCAAAGAGGAACCGACAUUCUCAAGGCCAUCUGCCUGGGCGCCAGUGCGGUCUGCUUGGGAAGGCCAUUCUUUUACUCUUUGGCAUAUGGAGAAGAAGGUGUCAGGCAUUUGAUCAAGAUUCUUGAGGAGGAGCUUGCUACUGCUAUGCAGCUACUGGGCAUAACGAGUCUGGACCAGGCACAUCCCGGACUUGUCAAUACUGGAGAGUUGGAAUCGUUGAUAUAUCGCGGGGAUCAUCAUCCCUGGGCUCGAAAGCCACAACGAGCACGGUUAUGA